AUGCAACGAUAUUUCAUGAAAGAGUUCGAAUCGAAGAGAGAUCGGCGAACGCAGAGGUUUGGGUAUCAGAGUGUGCCGAUCCAGGAGUCAGCGUUUCUGGACGUCCCCAUUGAGCUUCCCCAGGGCCUCGGAGAUUUGAGUUCUGGAGAAUUCGCGGUGGGUUUCGCUGAAUGGUUUGAUGCUUCCAUCCGUGUGCAUGUUUGCCAGCACGCCAUCGAUCAACAUGGGCACGCGCACGGUGAUGCACAGAACCCCUCGGCACAGGAGUUGUUCACCCGCUGGAGGUCAAAGUACGACCUGGACGGUUUCCUGGGGAAGCCGCAGAAAUGGCUUGUUCAUCCAACCCUGGCGGUCAUGCAUGCACGCGGUCUUCUGGGGUUUGAUUUGUAUCAGCUGAUAUUUCGCGAGCGGGUGCGUGAUGUGUUCUUCCCUUCGCUUCUCUCUGAUCACGUGGUGUUGGCUUACCUUGGAACCCAGAAGGCGCCUCCUCGUCAAAGAGGAAGCGACGCCGAGCAACCUCAGGACGAUCGUAAGUACGCGUUGCACGUAGUCGGUCGGCGAGAUGCUGUAAGAGGAAGGAGAUUCGCACCUGCUCAUUUAAUUCGGUCGCUCAAGGUUCAGACGGGCAUCAAGAGUAUCAAACACAUGCAGGAACACGUUCAGAGAUGUUUGGAGUUCGCACUGCCUGGGGAGUCCGCGCAGGUGAUUGAAAAAAUAACAAAAGAUGAUUUUGCAGCUCCGUCGGAGAAGACUUCAGUGAAAGCACGUCUCAGGCUUGAUAGUACCAUGAUGUUGUUACGACAGGUUCUGAAUCGGCAGGGCGGCUGGAUGCGGCAGCUGUGGUACGACGCAAGCCCUCAGAGGGGCAUCGAGUUGUUCUCAGUUCGUGAGUUUUGCCAUCAGCAUGCCGACAUGACCACGGCACAGUUUCGCACGCUGCCUGUCUGCACUCUUGGCGUGGGCCACUUCACGGCCGCAGAUAAGGCUGUCGCCGUCCUGCACACCAUCGCCUUAGAGAGCGGCUAUAAAGAAUUGUGGAUCAGGCAUUGGUGUGAAUCCGUUCGGGUGGUAUCCCCAGACAGUGGUACGGAAAGUCACGUCAUCGAUUUCAAAGAUUUUACCAAGGCUUUUCUGAAGGGUGAGGCAGCGCAUGUGUCUGCUGCUGAUCUGUCUGACGCGUUUUUGUUCCCGAACGCGUUUUGGCUACCGGAGGGAAAUCACGUUUGGGAUCUCAUUCUCAGGACUGUGUUUAACGGCAUGGAGUGGUGGGACGCCUUCUUUGGCGAUUUGAACCACUUGGUCGCCUUCCUCCGCGACGACGGACACCGAGGUAUUUUACGUCGCGUUUUGGAGGAAUUGCUUCCGACCGAGGCCCAGAAAUUUGCCAGGGCCCCUCGGUCGUGCUUCAAGUUGCGAUGGGGUACAGUUUCUGCUGCAGCGGCAGACAUCCUAGCCAUGGGCACUGGCUUCCAUUGCAGCUGGAGAUUAGAUCGGAUGCCCACGCAAGGCCCCGAUGCCAGGAGAGUUGAUGCCAUUGCUCGGGACGGUUCUUUCUGGGCCAAGCUCAACGUCGUCUGCGACCUCGGCCAGGACAUCGACGUUGAGAGGAGCUGGAUGCAAGGCUGCCCGUGCCACGAGGAGGAGUGCAUCGAGCACGCCAGGAAGGGCAUGACCUUCAAGUGCCCAAACAAUCGGAAGUCGUGCAGAGGCCCUCAGAUUCGACAGAGGCUCCAGGAUACUUUUGCCAGGUGGCGGGACAACCAGACUGCCCUCCGCACGACUUCCGAUGACGACCCGACGGGCGAGAUCUACCGUGCUGUUCAUGCGGCGUACAGCCAUCUCUUGGGCGUGGCCAAACACAAGUUCAAGUUCUUAGAUCAUUUGCCAUAUCGCUUCUGGGAGGCUCGGGAUCCAGCGAUUGCUCGAGAACUGCUGGGCCUGUAUCGUCGGGGCGUGGCGGAUGGCUCGCAGCAUCACCGCGUGGCCGUCAGGUGGUGCGAGGGCGAUCUCAGCGCCGACUUCAUCGACCACUGCGAGGGCCGCGGGAUGUCGUCUCGACUUGACGCCGAGAUCAAAGCACUCGAGUACGCGAAGUUCGACGGGGCUAGCGCUGAGGCAGUUCACGGGCAGCUGGCCCGCAUUGCGACGGCAUCUACAGGGUCGUCUUUUCGAUUCAAGGCCAGUGGAGUGCGUUUGAACCAGAAUUUGACGGAAUACGACCUUUAUUGUUCUCUUGGGUGGGCAGACAAGCUCCACGCUUACUGGAACAAGCACAAGGCUGUGCUGCAAAGUAAGACGGGGAGGAGGGGCGCGCUAGUGCCCAAACGUGUUUCAGAUGCUGCUUACUGCGCCCAGGUUUACCGAUACGGAUGGCAUUCCCAACAGGAUUGGGGCGAGCUCAGGUCGCACGUCAGUGGCCAGCCGCGCGCUCGACGGGCGCAGGCUUCAGCGCUCUUCGCCAAGAUCAAGAAAGAUUUCAUUUCUUCUCUGAUUAAGCCUCGUCAGCUGUACUCCGUCCGCACGCAUCCCGAUAAGAUCGAGGAGGCCCGAAGCUCGACUGCGAUUGACGAUGGCGAGAGCGGCGACGCUGUGCGCGAGUUGGAGGUCUUCGAGGUUAUCGACAUGAACCCAAAUGGGAAGAGGGUCCCCGAGGCUUACGACACGUCGUCGAUGUUCUGCCCUGCCAUGGUCAGGAAAUGGGUUUUGCACGGGGCAGGGCCAUUGCAACAAGCACCAGCGCAUCUUACCCUUCAGCCGUCUCGAGGAGACCCGACCGUCAUGGACAUGACCGCGAUGACGUCUUGGGUGAAGCUGAGGGACUCACUGCGCAUGUGGGCCGAGCGGCGCCCGUCUGAUGUCGACGGCUGUCUUGACGUCUCUAAGCCCGUGCAUUGGAAUGGCCUCAUACCUCUGCCUUGGGACCCUGGGACAUGCCCAGCUGUGGCGAUGUUAGGCCGCUUGAAGGAUGAAGGGUGGACCGAAGGAAAGCCAGACCACCAUCGGCUGCCGAUCGAUGACAAGAAGCUCAGUAUGAAAGACGUUGUCGCUAGGAAGUCUUACCUUCUUUGUCUGUUGGAUGCGGCGUCCCUGCAGGACCGAGGGUGCGACGCCAUCUACGCUGACCAGGUUGAGCAGUACUACCGAUGCCUCCUCAACGUUGACCCGAAGACUCCGCCUAACCGUGGUGCUGACUUCUAUCGCAGGGCGUUGAAGUCUGGCGGCUGCGGUAGCUUGGCGGACGUCGUGAUCGACGCUGACGGCGUCGGGGUGCCGAUUCACGUCAUGGGCGCUGCAGUCGAAGCUCGGCCAGCUCCUCUGCCACCAGCUGGCGGCGGGGCGGCGGCCAUCCAGGCGCCCAUCGUCGUCGUCGGCGGAGUCUGGCAAGCGGCCCCGAUCGGUAAGAUCCACGGGGGCUUCAUCGAGGGUUGCAGGAUCCACGAGGAGGUUUACAGCGAUCAAUACCAGAGCUACUCCAGGACGCAUUUUGGAGUCUCAGAGAUCUAUGCUUACCUCGGGAUCUGGGCGAGGAACGCUCAGUUGUACGACACGGCAGCGGAUCACAUCAAGGAUCCCAAGCCCACUGUUGCACAGUUGCGCGCGUAUUGCGCAGAGAAGGGUUGGCUGUGA